GACUGCAGAGAUUCACAACUCCAUCAGCCAUGAGAGCAGUUGUGCUUGCCCUGACUCUGGCCCUUGUGGCUGGAAAUCCUCAUAGCCUUGUUCCUGAGUUUGCUGCCGGUAAGACCUAUGUGUACAAGUAUGAAGCAUUGCUCCUGUCCGGUCUUCCGGAGGAUGGUUUGGCAAAAGCCGGUCUCAAAAUCAGCAGCAAAGUUCUCAUCAGUGCUGCGGCCCAGAAUGUAUUCAUGAUGAAGGUUGUGGAACCUGAGAUCUUAGAGGUCAGUGGUGUCUGGCCUAAGGAUCCUUUAACCCCAGCAACCAAGCUGACCUCAGCCAUCGCAGCUCAGUUCAUGACUCCCAUCAAGUUUGAGUAUGCCAAUGGUGUUGUCGGAAAAAUGUUCGCCCCUGAGGGAAUCUCAACACUGGUCCUUAACGUCUACAGAGGUGUCCUGAAUAUUCUUCAGCUCAACAUCAAGAAGACACAGAAUGUCUACGACUUGCAGGAGGCCGGAGUCCAGGGUGUGUGCAAGACCUUCUAUGCCAUCUCCGAAGACGAAAAGGCUGAACGCAUCCUUUUGACAAAGACCAGAGAUCUGGACCACUGUCAGGAGAGGAUCAUGAAGGACUGGGGGUUGGCAUACACUGAGCAUUGUGUAGAGUGCCAGCAGGGCUCAAAGAAUCUGAGAGGAGCCGCAUCAUACAGCUACAUCUUAAAGGAAAUUACUAGCGGAAUCCUGAUCCUGGAGGCAUCAGUCAAUGAGUUGAUCCAGUUCUCACCUUUCAGUGAGAUGAAUGGAGCUGUCCAGAUGAAUACCAAGCAAACCUUGGUCUUCCUUGAGACUCAAAGAGCCCCAAUUGUGCCUAUUGAAGCUCAGUAUCUUCAUCGUGGAUCUCUACAGUAUGAAUUUUCCACUGAGCUUCUUCAGACACCCAUUCAGCUCUUCAAGAUCAACAAUGUACAGGCACAGAUUGUGGAGGUUUUGAAUCACCUGGUUGCCCACAAUGUGGAAAGAGUCCAUGACGAUGCCCCUGUGAAGUUUUUGGAACUCAUUCAGCUCCUCCGUGCAGCCCGCUUUGAAGACCUGGAAAAGAUCUGGAACCAAUUCAGAACCAGAGCUACCUACAGACAGUGGAUCUUGGACACCGUCCCUGCCAUUGGAACUCCUGUUACUCUGAGAUUCAUCAAAGAGAAGUUCCUGGCAGAUGAUCUGACUGUUGCUGAAGCAGCUCAGGCUUUGAUUGCAUCUGUUCACAUGGUGACAGCAAGCACUGAGGCCAUCCAGCUGGUUGAGGCCCUCUCAGUCCACAGAAAAAUAGUGGAACAUCCAGUCCUGCGUCAGAUUGUCCUCCUUGGCUAUGGUACCAUGAUUUCAAAAUACUGCAUUGAUGUUGCUGUCUGCCCCGCAGAGUUCGUAAAGCCCAUCCAUGACCUCCUUGCAGAGGCUGUUGCUAGAGGUGAAACCGAGGAAAUCAUUCUGCUCGUGAAGGUUUUGGGUAACGCUGGCCAUCCUAAUAGCAUUAAGCCAAUCACAAAGUUCUUGCCCAUACAUGGCACUGCAGCUGCAUCUCUUCCCAUGAUAAUCCAUGCUGAUGCCAUCAUGGCUUUAAGGAACAUUGCAAAGAAGGAGCCCAGAAUGAUUCAGGAUUUGGCUCUGCAGCUCUAUAUGGACAAGGCUCUUCACCCAGAGCUUCGUAUGCUUGCAUGCAUCUUGCUGUUUGAGACAAGGCCUGCAAUGGGUUUGGUCACAACAGUUGCUAACAUUGUGAAGACAGAGGAGAAUCUGCAGGUAGCAAGCUUCACUUACUCUCAUAUGAAGUCCCUGACCAGGAGCACCGCUGCUAUCAAUGCCGCACUUGCUGCAUCUUGCAACAUCGCUGUCAAAAUGUUGAGCCCUAAGCUGAACAGACUGAGCUUACGUUUCAGCAAAGCCAUCCAAAUGGACAUCUAUAACAGUCCCCUAAUGCUUGGUGCUGCUGCCAGCGCUUUCUACAUCAAUGAUGCUGCCACGAUUCUGCCCAGAUCUAUUGUGGCUAAGACCAACGCAUAUCUUGCUGGAGCUGCUGCUGAUGUUCUGGAGGUCGGAGUGAGAACCGAGGGACUCCAGGAGGCUUUACUGAAAAACCCUGCACUUCGUGACAAUGUUGACAGGAUCACCAAGAUGAAGCGUGUCAUCAAGGCUCUCUCUGAGUUGAGGUCUCUGCCAGCCAUGACACCUCUGGCCUCUGUCUAUGUCAAAUUCUUUGGAAAAGAAAUUGCUUUUGCCAACAUUGACAAGGCCAUGAUUGAUCAGGCCAUUGCGCUAGCCACCAGUCCCUCUGUUCAGGCACAAGGUUGGAACGCCAUCAAGGCUCUGUUGUCUGGCGUUUCCUUCCAAAUUGCGAAGCCUCUGCUGGUCACUGAGGUUAGGCGUAUCCUGCCUACUGCUGUUGGUCUUCCAAUGGAGCUCAGUAUGUACACUGCUGCUGUGGCCGCUGCAGCCGUUCAAGUCAAGGCAGCCACAUCACCAGCUCUGCCAGAAAACUUCCAUCUUGCUCACCUUCUGAAGACAGAAAUCCAGCUUGAGACUGAGAUUAAACCAAGCAUUGCUGUGAACACAUUUGCUGUGAUGGGGGUCAACACUGCCAUACUCCAGGCUGCCAUGAUUUCAAGAGCUAGACUCAACUCCAUUGUGCCUGCCAAAAUCAUUGCAAGUCUUGACAUCAAGGAGGGCCACUUUAAGUUAGAAGUUCUGCCUGUUUCUGUGCCUGAAGAGGUUGCAGCUGUGUAUGUUGAGACUCUUGCUGUGACAAGAAAUAUUGAGGACCUUGCUUCUGCAAAAAUGACUCCCAUCAUCCCUGCCAAAGUCUUGCAGGCCGUCUCAAGGGAGACGCUCACAUCUAAGAUUUUCUCAUCUGCCGCUGAUAGUUUGGCAUCCUCAGAGAUCAUUCAGCACGAUGUUGCAGAUGCCAAGCCCAUUAUAAAACACAAAGUUCAGUUUGAUAAGAAGUUCUGUGCUAAAGCUGUUGCCAUUGGACUGAAGGGAUGUUUGAAGGUCGCCACUGACAAUGCUGGUUUUAUCAGGGACGUUGUCCUGUACAAACUGGCUGGAAGCCACUCUAUUGCUCUUUCUUUGAAACCAAUUGAAGGGGAAGUCAUUGAGAGACUAGUGAUGGAGGUUCAAGUUGGACCAAAGGCUGCAGAGAAGCUCCUUAAACAAAUCAAUCUGAGCGAAGAAAUCACUGAGGGAAGACCAGUCUUGAUGAAGCUAAAGAAAAUCCUGGCUCCUGGUCUGUGGAAUACCACCUCCUCCUCAAGCUCCAGUAGCUCUCGCUCAAGCGUGAGUUCUAGUUCUUCUUCCAGAUCCACAACUCGUGUCAAAGCCGUCAAUCCAGCUGAUCCAACCAGAAGACUUCACAGCAGCAGCAGCAGCAGCAGCAGCCGCAUCGCCAGCCGCAGCAGCAGCCGCAGCAGCAUCCGCAGCAGCAGCAGCAGCCGCAGCAGCAGCAGCAGCAGCAGCCGCAGCAGCAGCAGCAGCAGCCGCAGCAGCAGCAGCAGCAGCAGCAGCAGCAGACGUAGCUCCUCCAGAUCUGUGAGCACAUCUUCCAGGACCAGCUCUGCAUCUAGCCUUGCAUCGCUCUUCAGUGCUAGCUCAAGUUCUUCUCGCUCCAGCGCUCGUAUCUCAAAGCAAGUGAUUCAUCGCCACAAGUUCCAGAAGAACCACAAGAAGCAGGGUCGCACCUCUCUAGUCACCUCAGCAGCACUUUCCAAGAGCAGAAGCAGCGCCUCAAGCUUUGAAGCCAUCCGAAGACAGAACAAAUUCCUUGGCAAUGAACUAGCUCCUGCCUUUGCAGUUAUCUUCCGUGCUGUCAGAGCUGAUGGGAAGGUGAUGGGAUACCAACUGGCAACCUACUUAGACAAACCUAACACUAGACUUCAGAUUAUUCUGGCUGCCUUGGCAGCUGAUGACAACUGGAAGUUCUGUGCUGAUGGAGCUAUGCUUAGCAUGCACAAAGUCACAGCUAAAAUCGGAUGGGGAAUUGAAUGCAAGCAGUAUGAAACCGCAAUCACAGCCGAAACUGGUCUUGUUGGUCCAGACCCUGCAGCUCGCCUCAGAGUGGCCUGGGAAAGACUGCCUUCUGCUCUUAUACGCAAUGCAAAGAGGGUGUAUGACUUGAUUCCUGCUUACAUGCUGAGUGGCUUGAUUAAAGGAAAGGAAGCCAGCAGUGCCAAGCAGUUCUCAUUAACAGUGGUUGCCACAUCUGACAAGACCGUUGACUUCAUUUGUAAAACACCAUCACAUAUUGUCUAUAAGAUGGCUGUCCAUCUUCCCAUCGCUCUGCCACUUGAUGAAAUCAAAGGUCUCACUCCCUUCGAUGAACUUGCAGAUAAAAUCCAUUACUUGUUUGCCAAGGCUGGGGCAGUACAAUGUAGCUUCAACGGAAACACACUGACCACAUUCAACAACAGAAGAUACAAGAACGAGAUGCCAUUGUCUUGCUACCAAGUUCUGGCACAGGAUUGCACUGAUGAGCUGAAAUUCAUGGUUCUCCUGAAGAAGGAUCACAUUGAGCAGAACCAUAUCAAUGUGAAAAUUGCUGACAUUGAUAUUGACCUGUACCCAAAGAACACUGCUGUGAUCGUGAAGGUCAAUGGAAUGGAAAUACCCAUCACCAAUCUGCCAUACCAGCAUCCCACAGCUAAAAUCCUGAUCAGACCAAAGGGUGAAGGUAUCGCUGUAAAUGCUCCAAGCCAUGGUCUUCAUGAAGUGUACUUUGACAAGAACUCAUGGACGGUUCAAGUUGUGGACUGGAUGAAGGGACAGACCUGUGGACUCUGUGGUAAGGCUGAUGGGGAAGUCAGACAGGAGUACCGCACACCCAACGGACGCGUGACCAAGAAUGCUGUCAGUCAGGCUCAUUCCUGGGUUCUGCCAGCCGAGAGCUGCAGGGACUCCACUGAGUGCCGUAUGAAGCUGGAAUCUGUGAAGUUGGAGAGGCAGGUAAACAUCCAUGGCCAGGACUCCAAAUGCUAUUCUGUUGAACCUGUGCUGCGUUGCCUGCCUGGCUGCUUCCCUGUGAAGACCACCACCAUCACUGUUGGCUUCCACUGUGUGCCUGUUGCAUCUGCUCUGAAUCGCCCCGAGAGUUUGAGCAGCAUCUACAACCACAGCGUGGACCUGAAGGAAACAGCAGAAGCCCACCUAGCCUGCAGCUGCAAUGCUCAGUGUGCUUAAGAACAUGUUGUCUUGUCAAUCACUUACAUCAUGUGUAUGUAUGUAAAUUUAAAUAAAUGAAAUAAAUAAA